CGGCGCGGGACGCUUUCCCCCGCCGCCGCCGCGGUGAACGGCAGGUGCUCAGUCCCACGACACCCGCUUCCCGCGCCUUUUCCUCCGGGGAAGGCAGCGAGGAGCCCAACCUCGCUGUCUCCCCCCGCCCCUCACCAGGUCGCCGCUCUCUUUCCUCCCACCUGCUUCGCCGAGGCCGACCUGCUGCCGGCGGUGACAGGGGCUCCGAGUCCCGCCGUCCCCUUCCCCUGCCCCGCUCCACCCGCCCCCGAGCCCUCCUCCCGUCCCUGAUUCGGCGCAGGGGCCCCGGGUGCCCGAGCCCUCCCCCACCCCCCCAGCCCCGGCCCCCGCGGCUCCCGAGCUGUCAGUGCGCAGGCAGCGCCGCGGCCCCGCGCAUAAACCCGCGCCGACAACCGCCACCGGCGUCCGCCGCCGCCACCCGCGGAGCCGCCGCUGCCACCCGCCGACGACCGCGGAGUCGCCGCCAAUCGCGGAGCCGCCGCCAAUCGCGGAGCCGCCGCCGCGGGGCGGCAGCAGAUACAAUGAUGAAGGUUCAGAUCAUGUUUGUCUUCCUUUGCUGCAUGGUUUUCCUUCCUACAGAUGGCUUCCCAGCAGACACCAAUACUGAAUUUCGUUCUGCUUUCUCUGUGGCCAGAACCAGCAGCAUGGAAGGAAGCUCUGAGAUGGUCAUUACCUUUGACAAAGUGUAUGUGAACAUUGGCAAUGACUUUGAUCCCAAGACAGGAUUAUUCCGCUGUCGGAUUCCAGGAGCCUACUACUUCUCCUUCACUGUUGGGAAAUACCCAAAGAAAAACUUGUCUGUCAUGCUGAUGAGAAACAAGAAUGAGGUGCAAGUGAUUGUGUACGAUGAACAUCACCGCAAGGAGAGGAAGGUAGCUAGCCAGAGUGCCAUGCUGCAGCUCGACUAUGGUGACACUGUUUGGCUGCGUCUACAUGGAGAUCCCAAGUAUGCUCUUUACAGCAAUGUGGGCCCCUAUACAACUUUCAAUGGCUACCUGAUCUAUCCAGACACUUCUGCCUUCUUCCAUAAUGCUCUUAGCCCUCAAGAGCUGGGGCCGCACCAUCACACUGCUCAGCAGCUUCCCGGAGAGCAGAACGAAGCUUCACAGCGACACAUGUUAUCUGAUCAGCCAAGGAGGGAGCAAGACCCUCGCUCUGCGUUUUCUGUUGCCCGCUCACAAAGCCUCCUGGGCACAGAUGACAAGCAAACCCUGCAUGAACCAAUCACAUUUGACACAGAGUUUGUGAACAUUGGAAAAGAUUUCAAUUCCUCCACUGGCAUCUUCACCUGCCGUAUACCUGGUGCAUACUAUUUCUCCUUCACCAUUGGCAAAAUGCCCUUUAAGACUAUGUCAGUGAAGCUUAUGAAGAACCACAAUGAGGUGCAGGCCAUGAUCUAUGAUGACAACCACUCCAAAAGGCGAGAGAUGCAGAGCCAGAGUAUCAUGCUGCCUCUGCAGUAUGGGGACACCAUCUGGCUCUACAGCCAUCAGCAUGAUGGCUAUGGUGCCUACAGCAACCAUGGCAAGUACAUCACCUUCACAGGCUUUCUGAUCUACCCAGAGGCUCAGUCAAAGUGGCUUCCGGGUGCCACCUCACCCCAAGGGUCAAAUAAUUAAAUGCAGACCUGAAAGGAGCGUAAGAGCCAAGGUGCCAUGAACUUGGGUACAGCUCCUCUUUGAAUAUCACCCUCUGAGCAUGCUCUCAUGUGUCCAGUGUUGUCCCUAUGCUACACGCUUGUGCCCUGUUUGCAAGGCCACUGCUGUGUCUGCUGUUAAUCCCUAGAAUGGUCCUUACUGGUUGUCUGUGCCUGUCCUGUGUUGGUGUUUGAUUUCAACGUAAAGCAUGAGGUAGUUUCGGGGCAGGGGUGGGGUGCUGUAAUGAAGUGGAUGCUGAGGAUCAGAGAACACUGCAGCAGUGUGACUGCAGAUCCCCAGCACCUGGAGAACAAAGGAUGUGAUUACUUUCCUUGUGUAUGUGGGGAGGGAAUAAAUGUAAUGGAAAUGAAUGUAAUAAACCCACAAAAAAUGUAGAA